GGCAAGAAGCGCCGGCCGCUCUGUGCCAGCCGCGUUCCGCCGAGUUCCCCGGAUCGCCCCGAGCGAACGAACGAACGAACGAACGCCGAUCGUAAGGCCUCGCCAUGCCGCUCCCCGUGGCCCUGCAGUCCCGCCUGGCCAAGCGCGGCAUCCUCAAACACAUGGAGCCCGAGCCAGAGGAAGAGAUCAUCGCCGAGGACUAUGACGAUGACCCCGUGGACUACGAGGGCACCAGGAUCGAGGGCCUGCCGCCCAACUGGUACAAGGUGUUCGACCCAGUCUGUGGUCUUCCUUACUAUUGGAAUGUGGAGACAGACCUCGUGUCCUGGCUGAACCCCCACGAUCCCAGCUCCGUCAUCACCAAGGCAGCCAAGAAACUCAGAAGCAACUUGGAUCCAGAAGAUAAGCUGGACCGUGGCUACGAAAAGCUGGAAAGGGAGGAGAUGAAGGAACGACGUUACCACCGAAGGGAAGAGUUGGCCCCCUACCCCAAGGGCAAGAAAGCCAGCCGGAAGGAUGAAGAGUUGGAUCCUAUGGACCCCAGUGCCUAUUCUGAUGCCCCUCGAGGUACAUGGUCUACAGGUCUCCCCAAGCGAAACGAGGCAAAGACAGGGGCUGACACGACAGCAGCCGGGCCCCUGUUCCAGCAACGGCCAUACCCCUCCCCAGGGGCAGUGCUUCGGGCCAAUGCUGAGGCCUCACGGGCCAAACAGCAAGACUGAGACUGAGCCCGAGCCCACCCUCUCUUCCAGACCUCUCCAACCCUUGUGUUCAAAUAAAGUGUUUUCCUUUCAA